AUGAGCGGUGAGUUAGCAAAUUAUAAAAGACUUGAAAAAGUUGGUGAAGGUACAUACGGUGUUGUUUAUAAAGCUUUAGAUCUGAGACCAGGACAAGGUCAAAGAGUGGUGGCAUUGAAGAAAAUCAGAUUGGAAAGCGAAGAUGAAGGUGUUCCCAGUACCGCCAUCAGAGAAAUUUCAUUGUUGAAGGAAUUGAAAGACGAAAAUAUUGUCAGAUUAUAUGACAUCGUUCAUUCUGAUGCGCACAAGCUAUAUCUUGUCUUUGAGUUUUUAGAUUUGGACCUGAAAAGAUAUAUGGAGGGUAUACCAAAGGAUCAGCCAUUAGGAUCCGAUAUUGUCAAAAAGUUCAUGAUGCAACUUUGCAAAGGUAUUGCGUACUGUCACUCACAUCGUAUCCUACAUCGUGAUCUGAAGCCUCAGAACUUGCUGAUCAAUAAAGAUGGGAAUCUUAAAUUAGGUGAUUUCGGUCUAGCACGUGCGUUUGGUGUUCCAUUAAGAGCCUACACCCAUGAAAUCGUUACUUUGUGGUACAGAGCGCCAGAGGUCUUACUGGGUGGGAAGCAGUACAGUACAGGCGUUGACACAUGGUCCAUCGGGUGUAUAUUUGCCGAGAUGUGUAAUAGAAAACCAAUAUUCAGUGGCGAUAGUGAAAUUGACCAGAUCUUCAAGAUAUUCAGAGUGUUGGGGACACCCAACGAGGGCAUAUGGCCGGACAUUGUCUACUUGCCUGAUUUUAAACAGAGCUUUCCUCAAUGGCACAGGAAGGACCUGUCGCAAGUGGUGCCAAGCCUAGAUCCACAAGGUAUUGAUCUGUUGGACAAGUUACUAGCAUACGACCCUAUUAACCGGAUCAGCGCCAGAAGAGCAGCCAUCCAUCCCUACUUUCAAGAAUCAUAA